AUGGAGGGUGGAAUUACGGCGGAGGAAUUGUCGACUAUCGGCGGCAUAGCCACCGUCUCGCUGCUGCACUCCUUCAUCCCCACUCACUGGCUCCCGUUUUCUAUUGUCGGCCGCGCUCAGAAAUGGACGCUUUCUCGAACUCUUCUCGUUACUGCAUUUGGGGCAGUCUUGCAUGUGCUAUCCACUUCACUGCUUGGCAUAACUGCAAUCACCAUAACAAACACUAUAGCCGGAGAGGAAACUGUGCAUAAACUUGCAUCUUUGUUACUCAUUUUUCUUGGUGGUGGUUACAUCGCGUUGUUUCUAACUGGAAAGGGUGGUCAUAGCCAUUCUCACAAUCAACCAAUGGAAAAAAUGGCUUUUGCCGGUCUUGUUCUUGUCCCUGCAUUGUCUCCUUGUGCAACCACUCUUCCAGUAUUUCUUGCUGUUGGAAACUCAUCCUCUAUGAUGGUGCUUGCUAUUAUAGUUCUAUUAAUUAGCACGAUAACUGUAAUGACUUCUCUAGUGGCCCUCUCAUUCUAUGGUGCAAGUCAGCUCAAGUUCCACUGGGUCGAGCGCUAUGACAAGCUUCUUGUAGGAUUAGUUCUAUGUUUCAUUGGAGUUCUGACCCUUAUUUUUCAUGACCAUGAUGGAGACGCCGGUUCAACCAGAGAGCAUUUGCAUCGGAAGAUAAUCUCAUUGUAA